UUGUGGGUUCCGCAGAUCGCUAGCCGGCCGAACCGGAUCCGCCGGUUUUCUUCCCUCCAGAUUCCAGACUUCCAGUUAAACUUGUUAGGAACCGGAGACGGUUCAUCAUGUUUCGCUUCGCUCGCAAGGCAUCGUCUUCUUCUUCUCUUUGACUCCUUCAUUCGGCCUACAAAUUUUCCGCUUUCUCUCUCCCCUGAAACAUAUAUGUACACAUAUACUUACAUACCCUGAUAAAGUGGUUACUGCUCCAAUAAGCCGUCUUAUCCCAAACGUACUUCGUUUAUUUUCCUUAUCUCUGUCAAAAAAGUGAAAAUAACAGAGAGACAGACUUUUUUCUUUUUGAUCUUUUCUUCAGAUUUUCUCUUUUCUGCAGAUUCUUUUCUAUAAACUUGCAUUGAUUUCUUUGAUACCCAGAAUUUCUUUCGUCUCAAUUUUUUUUUUUUGUCUUCCUGAUUCUCGUCAUUUCCCUUCAAUCAAUUCCCCCAAUACCCAUGACUUUCUCGAGAAUUUUCCUUCUCUUUUCCCUCUUUUCCCUCGCUUUUUCCCUCGAGACUUUUGACUCUCAUCUUCUACCGAGACCACUGAUCCUUGAGUUCGCUGAAGCAUCUGAGACCCAGUUAAGAGAAUUCGACCAGGAAGUCGAGUUCCAGUGUACCAGCUGGAGAUUUGCAGUGGAGGCAAACAAUUUGAGUCCAUGGAAGACGAUUCCAGUGGAAUGUGCUGAUUAUGUGAAAGCUUACGUGAACGGAAGAGGUUAUGCUCUGGACCUCCAGAGAGUGUCCAAUGAGGCUGGAGUUUACGCUAGCAGCGUUAAAUUGAAUGGCGAUGGUAAGGAUGUCUGGAUUUUUGAUGUGGAUGAGACUCUCUUGUCCAAUCUUCCAUAUUAUGCAGACCACGGAUACGGUUUGGAGAUUUUUGAUCAUUUGGAGUUUGAUAAGUGGGUUGAGAAGGGAACUGCACCAGCUAUAGAACCCAGUUUGAAACUAUACCAAAACGUUAUGGAUUUGGGUUUCAAGGUUUUCUUGUUAACUGGGCGCAGUGAAAGCCAUAGGGUUGUUACUGUUGAAAAUCUGAUCCAUGCAGGCUUUCAGAAUUGGGACAAACUUAUUUUGAGAUCAUCAGAUGAUCAUGGGAAAUUAGCAACAGUCUACAAAUCAGAGAAGAGAGAUGAGAUGAUAAAAGAGGGAUAUAGGAUCCAUGGAAAUUCUGGUGACCAAUGGAGUGAUUUGUUGGGUUCGUCAAUGUCCAAUCGGUCAUUCAAGCUCCCGAAUCCUAUGUAUUAUAUCCCCUAAAGAAGAAAAAAUUUCAUUUCUUUGUAAAAGAUAAUAGUAAAAGCACUCAAAUAAACAAACGUUGUUAUUCUGAUUUGUUUGGCUGCCAUACACUCAAUGUUCAUAUGAAGCUGAAGUAGAACGAAUUCCAAACAUACUGUAAUUUGCAUUUACCCAUUUCCUCUGGUUUUACUUAUAUGUUGAACUGUUAUCAGGUGAAUGUUGUACAUGGUUAUUGUGCAGCAGGGAAUAAUUCGGGCAUUAUCCCCCGUAUAACGAAUAAAGAACAUCACCCA